AAACUUAAAAAGUGAAAUUCAAACGUUUUCCCCUUUGGUUUUUUCUUCUCCUUUUUUAUUUUUUGGAUGAUCCAUCAAAUUAGUGGGGCGGGUCGCCGGGUUCUGACAUUUCCGGCGGUUCAUCCGUGUGAAUCAAUCUCUCCAUCCACCCUUCUCUACUCACUUAUUGAGCUUGCUCAAAGCAUAUGUUCUUUCAAGUCUCGUUUUUUCUCUGCCAAUAAGAGAAAUGCUCACGGAACUAUUCGCCAGGUCCAGAAUGUUUUGAUUGUACUAGAAGAGUUUCGGGUCGAACUAUCAGAUGUUCCGGAUUCGCUUGUCCUUGUCUUCUCUGAGCUCCAUUUAGCCUUCCAGAAGAUUCACUUCUUGUUGGAAGAUUGUACCCGUGAAGGUGCACGACUUUGGAUGCUUAUGAAAUCGGAUCGGGUGGCCAACCAGUUCCGGAUCUUGAUUCGGGCCAUUAGUACGGGUCUGGAUGUCUUGCCCCUCGAGGCAGUUGGCUUAUCAAGCGAAGCGAAGGAGUUAGUUGAGCUAGCAAUGAGGCAAGCGCGUAAAGCAAGAUUUGAAGUUGACCCAGAUGAUAAACGGGUCAUUAAUGAUGUCACCAGGAUCUUGGGUCGGUUUGUGGAUGGGGAUGACCCAGAUAGAAAUGAAAUACAGCAGUUUUUGGAUUACCUGGGAGUCACAAAAUGGAGUGAAUGCAAUAAAGAAAUCAAGUUCUUGGAUACAGAAAUUGGGAUGGAGUACUUGAAUGUAGAGAAGAGAGGAGAAUUGUCAAUCUUAAGCAGUUUAAUGGGGUUGUUGACCUAUUGCAGAUGUGUAAUUUUUGAUCACGUUGACACUGAAGCUACUCAUCAUGUGAACAACUGGUGCACGAAGAUGCUAACUGGGGUGAACCCGGAUGAUUUUAUGUGUCCAAUUUCGCUGGAGAUAAUGAAAGAUCCAGUCACGUUGUCCUCAGGACAUACUUACGAUCGUGCUUCAAUCUUGAAAUGGUUUAGAGCUGGGAAUUCUACUUGUCCCAAGACAGGUGAGAGGCUACCAAAUAAGGAUCUAGUGUCUAAUUUGGCUUUAAAGAGGAUCAUUCAAGAUUGGUCAGCUGAAAAUGGUGUUUGCAUCGGUGAAGAAUCAAGUCACAAGAAUCGUGAUAUUACAAGAACGGUUCUUGCUGGGAGUAUGGCUGCUGAAGGAGCUGUGAAAUUGUUGGCUAAUUUUCUUGCUUGCAAGCUUCUAGAUGGGACAAGUGAAGAGAAGAAGAAAGCAGCUUAUGAGAUUCGGCUUCUGACCAAAGCAACCAUUUUUAAUAGGUCUUGUUUGGUAGAAGUUGGCAGCAUUCCAAGUCUAUUGAAUCUUUUGUCAUCAAAAGAUUCAUCUACUCAAGAGAAUGCCAUUGCGGCUUUAUUGAAUCUUUCAAAGCACCACAAAAGCAAGAGCAUAAUAGUUGAAAAUGGAGGAUUGGAAUUGAUUAUAGACGUUUUAAAGAAGGGACUGAAAGUAGAGGCUAGGAAUCACGCAGCCGCUACACUGUUUUACAUUGCGUCUAUAGAAGAGUACAGGAAACUGAUUGGAGUAAAUCCUGAGGCUAUACCGGCUUUAGUGGAAAUGGUUAGAAAUGGAUCUAAUCGAGGCAAAAAGAACGCAUUGGUGGCAAUAUUUGGGCUGCUAAUGCAUCCUGGCAAUCACUCGAAGGUGCUUGCGGCUGGGAUAGUUCCUUUACUGGUUGAUCUUUUGAGUUCUUCUCAUAUAGAAGAGCUUGUAACAGAUUCUCUAGCGGUUUUAGCAACUCUAGCAGAGAAACUUGAAGGGACAUUAGCAAUAAUACGUCAUGGAGCGCUGAAUGUGAUAGUGAGGAUUCUGGAUUCCUCUAGUUCCAGGGUAGGGAAGGAGUACAGUGUGUCUUUAUUGUUGGCUUUGUGCAUCAAUGGUGGUGCAUAUGUGGUUGCUCUUUUGGUUAAGAGCCCUUCUCUUAUGGGAUCGUUAUAUUCGGUACUCAGCGAAGGCACAUCGCGAGCUAGCAAGAAGGCCAGUGCUCUCAUCGGAGUUCUUCAUGAAUUUUCUGAAAGCUCGUCUGGCUCAAUGGUUCCAGAUUUUCCUCAAGAACGUCCUGUUCACGUUUGGUAACCCAAUUUUUUCAAGGGUAUCCAUUCAUCUGUCUUCCUAUCCAUGUAAGUACAAACAUUGGUUGCCUUUUCCUUGUUUGAUUGUUCUAUUAGCUUGCGUUUUUGAAGAGCUAAUAGCCAAAUCAGCUUCUGUUUUUUUAUGAAGCUUUGUGUACAGAACCUCUGUUGUAUGUGAUUCUAUUGUAGCUUGUAAUACAUGAUAAUAAGAUUGUAAUACAUUACUGCGGGAAACAUCAUCUAUUGUAGAUUUCAAGAUAAAUAAAAUGCUUAUUCUCUUUUGUAUAUUCAA